CUUGUAUCCAGGCCAUAAACUCCAAAAAAAAAAACAAUAAUGACCUGAAUCUAUGGUCAUGAAUAAAGUUUAAAAAAAGAUUACGAUAAUGACAGUAUUGACAGAAGUCCUUUGACAGCAUGGUUUUUUGGGUAAUGUUUGAAUUUAUUGAGGUUAGAAUUUUCAUGGAAAAUCGAGUGAUUUUAUUUGAACAGCGUUAUAUAAUAUAAAAAUGGACAAAAUUUAUAGUGAAUAAUUUAUUUAAAACUGCUAUGGACAACAUAUAAAUUUGAUAUUCUAUUUAGGUACCUUCAUUAUUAAUUAAUAUAAUGAAAAUACUAGUCUCCACAUGGAGAACUAUAGCAGCCAAUGUAAGAAGAACAACAGCUAUACCGAAAGUUAAAAGUUUCAUGAAAGUAGCAUUUAGUGACAAAUAUUUAUUUUAUACAAAUGUAACCAUAUCACUGAGCCUAUCGUCAGUAGGCGAUUUGAUGGAACAGAGUUAUGAAAUUUAUAUUAAGGAACAAACUCAUUACGACUUCAAGAGAUGUGCGCACAUGGCAUUCUCAGGAGUAGCAUUGGGGAUUCUAUGCCACCACUGGUACAAAGUAUUAGAUAAAUUUAUAGUAGGCAAGACUGUGGAUAUGGUUAUAAAGAAACUGGUGCUAGAUCAAUUCAUAUUCUCACCUGUUAUGAUAGUCACGCUGUUCGGAAGUCUGGCCCUAUUCGAAGAGAAUCCUUACGAGAACUUCAAGGAGGAAGUGAGAGACAAGUUCGUGAAGUUGUACCGUGCCGAGUGGAUGGUGUGGCCGCCAGCACAAAUCAUCAACUUCUACUUCCUACCAACCAAGUACAGAGUACUGUACGACAACACCAUAUCAUUAGGAUACGACGUAUACACAUCACAAGUUAAGCAUUCGAAGCCUGCGAAAGCUUUACUAGAAGACAAGAUUAAACAUCACUCAUCUUGACGAAGGCUGUUGAGUU